UGAUCAAGUUGCAAAAGAGGAAAGUUGGCCUAAUAAGGCAGUUGCUGAAUCAGUGUGCUGAACUACAAGCAACAAAAACAAACGCGGUUUCGGAUGGUCCUCAUCCCAUUCAACGCCAUGAUGCAUCAUCGUUCCGAAAUCCGAACCUUAUCCUUAGAAAUCCAGUGGCCCUGUGUUUAAACCACUAUCUCACGCUUUGAGUCUCUUUGACUUUGAAAUUUUAUUGGUCAAAGUUCUACAUAUUGGUAAGAAACAUCGUGGAAAGUCCACCUCCUUGUCGAACCAGUAUAUAACACCAUGUAAAGGAGUGUUUUAUCGAUAUCAGAAAAAAUGGAAGGAAAGCUUUACGAGGCAUCUUUGAAAGGCGACGUACAAGCAAUCAAUGAACUACUCCAUCAAGACCAACUUAUCCUCGACAGACUCUCACUCACCGCCUUCAAUGAAACCCCCCUCCACAUCGCCGCCAUGCGCGGCCAUCUCAAUUUUGCCACGGUGGUUCUGACCCAAAAGCCGAAACUUGCCAUGGCCUUAGACAGCCAAAGACGAACCCCACUCCACCUUGCCUCCGCCAAUGGUAACCUGGAGAUGGUGCAAGAACUUAUACGGUUAGGAAGUGGCGGCGUGUGUGGUUUUCAAGAUCAAGAUGGGUUAACCCCUCUUCAUUUGGCAGCCAUGAACGAGCAUUUGGAGGUUAUGAAGGCUCUGAUUCAGGCGAAUCCUCAAGCUGCUAAGGAGACGCCGGCGAGUGGAGAAACCAUAUUGCAUAUGUGUGUUAAUUAUAAUCGGAUUGAAGCUUUGAAAGUGUUGAUGGAGCUGUGGAACGAAGAGGAGUUAGCCAAGAUCACAGAUCAUAAUGGAAACACUCUCUUGCAUGCUGCUUCUAUCAAUAAACAGAUACAGAUUUUAACCUAUUUGCUGAGUAUACAAAGUAUCAAAAGUAAUGGAAAUGCUGUAAACAGACAUGGAUUAACGGCACUAGAUGUUUUAGAUCAAUCCCCGAAAGAUCUCAAAGGGUUUGAAACACAACAGAUUCUUAUGGAAGCGGGUGUUUUAAGAGCAAAUGGUCUUCGACCUCUCUCUAAGCCUUUACAACCAUCAGCAGUUCUCUCUCAGAUUAAACGAAAGGGUUUCCUAUCAAGAACAUGGGCUCGGUAUCUAAACGACGACAAACAAUGGCUGGAAAAGCAACGUGGGAUUCUCAUAGUUGCCGCCUUAGUGGCGGCGGCGAUGGCUUACCAUUCCGGUAUCAAUCCUCCCGGAGGGGCGAUUACUGACACCCAAAAUGGUCGUUGUUAUCUUGAUCACCGGAUUUCCUCUGAGAAACAAGUUCUUAAUGUGGGUGCUUACGCUUGGAACACUGUUCACGGUGGUGUUUAUGGUGGCUACUUAUCUGCAGUCGAUAGCGAUGAUGGCGCCAGAUGGCUGUCAAAGCGCAGGAUGCCGGAGACCAAUGCAACAAGGAACCAGAGUGUGGCUGAAGUUUGA